AACCCUCCCCCACCCGGCUUCACCAGCUCCUCCUCCUCCUCGGCGAGCUAGCCAGUUAGCGGUAGCUGUAAAAAAGCGACUCCAAACCCACCUGGUUGUCAAACAACACGGAGGGGGCCUCCCUGGAUGAGACUAAUCCAUCCAGAACCACAAGAAACCGCCUUAAUGGGACGCGUGUUGCGCGGAUAUUACGACGCCAUGGCCAGUCAGAAGCUAGCUGCUCGGCUACAUCACAGAGCUAGCUAACAACCCGGGGCUAGCUCCAGCGACGAACAUCUUAACUCGACAUUUCCUUCACUGUUUUAACGUUUGUUUUCGUGCCAUGACAAGUCUGAUUUGACCGAGCUUUGUUUGUACGCUUGACAAAUUAAGUUAUCCGAGGAAUACUUUCUUUCUAAAAUAUGUAGGUCACCGUACCGGAGCAGUUACAGUUAUGUGGGUCAUCAGUGGGUUAACGUUAACCUACUAGCUUGAACAGCUGGUUAGCACGGAAAGCUAGCUGGUCGCCCGACGGCAAAAAAAAAAAGGAUUUGCCUUCUCAGUCCGUCCGGCAAUUACGUUAAUGCACCAGCUUGUGUUAAGUUAGAAUUACUCUGCAGCUUGCGUGGCCCGGGGUUAGCAUCGCGUUUAACCUUUUUAAUUUGUUCAUGUUUUGGGAAUCGUCGCUGACCGUCGUUAGCUAAGUUAGCUGGACGCUGCUAGCUAAGUUAACUUCACUAAACCAGGUAAUCUAGCGGACCAUGCUGAGUGAGGAGCUGUGUUUCCCCCGAGCCUAGUAGCCGGGCAGCAGCAGCAUCUUGGUGCACACACAGUUGGCUGAUUCGGGGUUUUGGUGAGAGGAGAAUGGCGUUUCACGGCACGGGCCGGCAGACCGUCUGUGGAGACUUGUUUCCGGGCUCCGAGCUGGGCCACAAGUAUUUCUGUGUCAACUCCUCCUGCGGGGCCCCCUCCACGGGCCUCAGCGCCACGCCGUGCCUGACCGGACCCACUGCCCCGGCUGGGACCCCUCGUCACCCCACAGCCCUCGGAGGGAGCACCGGCGGCGGAGCGGCGGUGCCUCAGCCCUACAGCAACCCGGCCAGCGAGGUGCCCAGCCCCGCAGAGAUGGAGCCAGACCGCCCCAUCGGUUAUGGCGCAUUUGGUGUUGUCUGGUCGGUCACAGAUCCACGUGAUGGUCGCAAGGUGGCUUUGAAGAAGAUGCCCAAUGUCUUCCAGAACCUGGUCUCCUGUAAGAGGGUCUUCAGAGAGCUGAGGAUGCUGUGCUUCUUCAAACACGACAAUGUUUUGUCAGCUCUGGACAUUUUGCAGCCUCCACAAAUCGACUGCUUCGAGGAAAUCUACGUGAUAACAGAGCUGAUGCAGAGCGACCUCCACAAAGUGAUCGUGUCUCCUCAGCCUCUCACCACCGACCACAUCAAGGUCUUCCUCUAUCAGAUCCUCCGAGGUUUGAAGUACCUGCACUCUGCUGGGAUCCUUCACAGGGACAUCAAACCUGGAAACCUGCUGGUCAACAGCAACUGCCUGCUGAAGAUUUGUGAUUUCGGCUUGGCGCGGGUGGAGGAGCCCGACCCGUCCCGUCACAUGACCCAGGAGGUGGUGACGCAGUACUACAGGGCGCCGGAGGUGCUCAUGGGCUGCCGACACUACGGCUCGGCCAUCGACGUCUGGUCAGUGGGCUGCAUCUUCGCGGAGCUGCUGGGCCGACGCAUCCUCUUCCAGGCUCAGAGCCCUAUUCAGCAGCUGGAUCUGAUCACAGACCUGCUGGGAACGCCUCCUCUGUCGGCCCUGGCGUCGGCCUGCGAAGGAGCCAGAGCCCACAUCCUGAGGGGGCCGCACAAACCGCCGUCGCUGUCGGUGCUCUACAUGCUGUCUGACGGCGCCACCCACGAGGCGGUGCACCUGCUCUGUCGGAUGCUGGUCUUCGAUCCCGCUAAACGGAUCUCCGGCAGCGACGCCCUCUCCCACCCGUACCUGGACGAAGGGCGCCUGCGCUACCACACCUGCAUGUGUCAGUGCUGCUACUCUGUUCCCAGCGGGCGAGUUUACACCCGCGACUUCGAGCCGGUCGCCGAGCGGCCGUUCAGCCACAGCUACGAGAACAGUCUGCUGUCGGUGUGGCAGGGAAAAGAGCUCAUCCAUCGCUUCAUUACGGAGCACCAGCAGGGCAAACGAGUGCCGCUGUGCAUCAACCCUCAGAGUGCUGCCUUCAAGACCUUCAUCAGGUCCACGGCAUGGCACUCCUCCAAGGUGUCCAGGAAGGAGGAGAGAUGAACGCUCCUCCUCUUCCUCCCGAGGAGCGCCAGCAGUUUGUUGAGAGAGGAUUUCAUCGGCCGUGGCGUCUGAAGACUGAAGCGUUUGGGUCUUUUACUUCUUUUUUGUUCACCUGGCGAGAUGCGGAGGGAGGAACCCGCCGCCUCACCUGAGCUCCUCUGGGAAAAACCUCAGUUUCUUUCCCCUCCUACAAAUCUGCAAAGUUUCCAGAACAUGAAAGCUUAACUUUUGUUUUUUAACGACCCAAACAGCUGAUGCUCGAGGCAUUUCCGGUGCUGAAUUAAAAAAAACAAACCCUGCUGCUGAAGUCUUUUAAGGAGGAAUAAGAAAAUAACUCGGUACUAGAUUGGAUUUUCCAUCUACGAUAGUAGAGACAUGAUGGUUUUAAUCGUCGGGUAGAAUUGUUGCUUAGUUUGUUGUUGAAGUCAUUCCAGCCCUGUGCAAUAUGGUUUAAUUUUUAAAAAAGCGAUAAACACACCACCGGGGUGGGGGCUGAACACACUGAGCGUGCUCGCUUGCCAACUGGAUUUUUAGGACUUUUUUUUAUUAUUUUUUUUGACCACGUACCCAAACAUGACGACGUAACGCGCCACACAACACGACACAGUUAACCGCCAAGCACCUCCGAGCGUUUCCUCCUUUUGAACUGCGUUUUAACACUCACUGUGUUUACGUCUGCGCGGCGUCUUUGCGCCUCAACGCGGCGACAAUAAUGCAAUCUGACAGAUGUAGCAGGUUUUAACCACCGCUUCCCCCACGCUGUUUCUCCACACACACACACACACACACACACACACACACACACACACACACACUUUGCGUUGUUGUUGUUGUUGUUGUUGUUGUUGUUGUUUUUAAGCGCGGCUUCUUUUCCUCAGUUGGUCCUGGAUCAGCGCUGUUUGCUACACUCGGGCAGGAGAGAAUAAGACUUUAAUCAGGACACGAAGCCGAACGAAGCAGGAAUUCAUUCCCCACAGUUGUUUUAUUAAAGUCUGACGUUAGCGGACUGUGAAUUUUAUUUUGAAGAUUGUGACAGGAAGUUUUUUUUUUUUUACUUCCUCUUCCCAGCUCAACGUUUUGUUUUUUUUUGUUGUUGUUGUUGUCCUGCCGACCUCCUCGACGUUUGGUCCCACCACCAGGGGAGGGGGGAGAGAGAGAGAGAGAGAGGAAGCGAUGGUGUUUUUUAUUUCUUAAUUUAUUGAGUGUUUGUUGAAGAGUGCGUGUCUCCCCCUGCACGUCUGUGGCAGUCCUGGUUACCUCAAACCCUGGAAAGAAAACAAACAAAGUGAAAACUGAAAUGUGCGCGUCUGUGCUCUGAAACCCUCCCGUCACAACGUUCCCGUCAUUCCUCCAGAUUCCUUUACCUCGCGCUCACUCCUCGUCUCUCUCCUUCAGAAUCGGUGUCUGCUUUAGAGAGAAGGAUGUUGUCGGUGAAAUGCUGCUGUUUUUCCUGUUUUUGUUUCUUCUCUUUUGUUGUUGUUGUUGUUGUUGUUGUUGUUUUUAGUUCCUGUCAUAGACUAUGAAUUGUACAGAGCCACACAAGAAGGCACCAGUAUUGAUCCUGGUUUGGAUUAUCAGGACUGAACGCAGCGAGUUAACGGCGUCCCAUUUGGACGCUGCAAGAAGUCGGACAUUUAAGAAGAAGAACUCUGUCGUGAUGUGAAUAUUAUCUGAAGAGAUUUCAAACUGAUGGACGAUGUCGUGGAGCCGUUUUUAAAUGUCCGACACACAGUGAGGCCACAGGUGUAACUGGGUGUUGCGGUGAAAGUGAGCGUACUGGUGGUUUCUGCCUGUUAACUUCCUCCAGUUUACAAAAUAACCUGCUGUUUGGUUUCAGUUCACUUCCUGCUGAUAAUCCACCACAGUCAACCUGGGCUGCAGCUGAACGAGAUUUCUUAGGUCUACAAAAUAUAAAUAAAUAGAAACCUGAUGCUCGGUUUACUACAAGAAAAUAUUCAGAUUUAAAAAGCUGUUACUGUUUUUAAACACACAUGUUGGGGUUGAAAUGACUUUUAAGUACAGAAAGUUUCUGAACCGACUGCAAAGUGUUCCUUCCUGUCAAAAUGGCGUCCACACAAAGUGCUUCUUGUUGCCAGGUUUCUGACAACAUCAUGGAAAGCAUCACCCUACGAGGGACUCCGGGUGACCCCCUUUGUUUUUAACAGAAAACUGAAGUCCCGCUCUGAAAUCUCGUGAGAGAGUGAGUGAGCUGUUGGAGGAAGACGCCGUCGGUGGAAAUGAGAGCCGGAGCUGGGCAACAAAAGGCUGUUUCUGCGGACGCCGUUUUGACAGGAAGGAAUACGUUGCUGCUGGUUCAGCUGCCGGCUGAAGCGUCUGCUGCACGGAGGCAAAACUUUCUGUACCUACGAGUCAUUUCAACAAACACGCUUGUAAAAAAUAUGGCCCAGGUUUAAAAAUACUGAAGGAAUAAUAAGAAGAAUUUUUUGUUAAUCAACUAAUUGUUUCAGCUUCUGUUAUUCUCUUUAUGACCUGAUGCCACGUAGGCCCCUAAACUGCUGGAACUGGACUCCAUUCAAAGAUGCUCUGAGCUUUUGCAAACUGAUUUGUCUAAUAUGGAAAUCGUGGCCCGGAUUGUAAUUUGCCUUUUAAAGCUGUGUCGUCAGAAAGUCUGUGUAGCUCUGUGUUCUCCAAACGUUCGCCCAACAGACGCUUAAAGAAAUGAAAUCAUGCAGAACAAAAUUCUGACCGUGUGUUUUUUAAAGCUGCAGCCACGACACAAACACCUGCAUCAUGUAAAUGAACUGAAACUGAAAGGAAGGUGAAACAUGUGAAACCGCCAGUAUGACCCUCCGGUUCCCCCCGAGACGCUCGGCCCUCUUUCACUGCAGGAACUUUUCCUUUUUUUUGUGUUUUUUAGGAUCUCAGGAACUUUUACGAUGAGGGUCAACUUGUGCCAACAGCGCCGGACGCUCUGCAGAGCCACCUCAGCAUUCAAACAUCACAACAGUUUGUCUCGUCACGUGUCAAAACGACGUCUCUCGCCCGCUCCGUUUUGCUUUUUAAACCUUCAUGACGACACGUUGCAGGAACCUCCCUCGGUUCCCGUGGCUCCUCAGUUCCUGGAUCAUGUGUUUUUGAAAGGUCGAGAAGCUGUGGUCAAAAUGUUUUCAGAUGAUUUUGCUUUUUUCUUGUACACGCCCUGAACCUCCAGCAGGCGCGGCGGCCCCCCGAGCCUCCGUUGGCCCUGAGCGUCCUCGUUGAUCCCUCACAGCUUCCUGAUUCUGACUCCCUGAAACCUCAGCUGCUCCUCUACAGGAUCACACAGCGAGUCUCUGCGAGCGGCGCCCAGGCUGCCCGAGCGACCACACUUGUAUAUCUGCAUGUGUAUAUUUAUGGAGAGCUUUUUUGGGUUUGAAUGCUGUGCAAUGGUUGAGUUUGUCGACGACAGACGUACAUUUUGUGGUAAUUUUUUUUAUUUUUAUUUGAUUCAUCUUUAGGAAGUGAUUUUUAUUAGUUUUUGUUUGUUGUGAUCUGAUUAUUAGAGUUUUAGGAAGCCAAAAGUCGGGAGAGCGGUUUGAGAGUUGUUCUCUGGAGAGGGACAAGAAACAACAGCGAGCUUCUGCACGCGCUCAGCUCUGAUUGGUUCAGUUAGGUUAGCAGCAUGACACAAACGUAUCGGUGUGAAGUUAUUGGUGCAAUUUGUGUCUUCAAAUUACAACUUUAGUUUCUCAUAUUGCUGAAUGGCUUCCCUUAAAUUAACCUUAAUGAUAUUCCCUAACGACCCACACUGUGGAUCUACAGUUUUAAUUUAGUGCAAACGUCACAGGAUGAAUUUCGCGUUUAUAUAAUAUAAAAAUUAGGACGUGCAAUUCUUUUGAUUGAUCGUCCAUCCGUUAAAAACCUUGUCACGUCUCCUAGAAAUUAUCUUUGUGCUCUGCUGGUUGUUUUGAGGGGAAACAAAGUUGUUUCACAGUCUUGUUUGUUUUCCCGUAGAGAAGUCUGUGGUUAAAAUUUAGGCAACAAAUGCACUGUGCUGGAGGUCCCAGGGGACAAAGUCCUUUUGACUUCUUCACUUCACACGGCGUCGAACAAAACCGGCGAAAUAACGAAGUCGGUGAACAUUUCUCAGAAAAGUUAUUCAUGUCGUCAUCUUACAUAAACGACCGAACCGCCGUAUAGGUCGAUGAUGCAGCAGCUUAUUACGUUACAUUAAAUAUAAAAGUUUAUAAUGAGCUCUAAUGGCAGAAGAAGUCAGGUGACGAAGUCUAAAGAGUUUAAGUAAUAUACUUAUUUUAACCCAAACCACCAUCUUCUCCUCAAUCUAACCCGGUGGUUUUGUUGCCUUAACAUGACAAAACUACCACCGUUUCCACAAGUUAACCACGCGUUAAACGUCACCUGACUUAUGUAACGUAACGAAGGUCCCGUGCGGCUGACGCUCAAUACGCCCCUGCAGGUGGUUUUGGGAAACGGUCGCGUGUGCCGUCGUGCUUUCCAUCGUAUGUAAAUGUUGUUUCGGGACACUUCGACCUAUGUGGUCGUUUUAGGCGGUGAGGACGAGCUGAAAGUUUCUCUGAAACGUGGCAAAUAAUGAAAAAUGCCAGUUGAGGUUUCCCAAAGUCACAUCUGACUUUAGUUUCCCGCCACCAACAGAUGAUUCAGUUUAAUAUCACGAUUAAAAGAUAAAAAAAAAAAACAAUAAAGCGAAUUAACUUCUUUGCUAACUGCUUUAACGCUGUACGAAAAUAAGUAAAUUGAAGCUAAUUCACACGUUCAGCAGAGAAAUUAGAAAUUUAAGGGAACAAUUGUUAAUUUGAAGCUCAAAUUCACCAAUUAAGGGAACAAUGAAUCCAAACUCUCCCCUCUUGGCCUUUUUCUUUUCUUUCUGUUCUGUUGUUGUGUUGGUAGAGAUCCUUCCAGGCGAGGAGUAGGUGUUAAACUCGAUGGGCCUGCGUUUGGUCUUUCCCCUCCCUGCGCACUGUUCAGAGAUCAGCUGACGAGUGCGUUUCCGGUCUCUGUGUUCGGACGUCGAAGCGGACGGCUGGUCAUCUUUAGACAUUAGACUCGUUUUUCUUCUAUGAAAAGAAACUUGAUGUUUUUAUUAUUCUAAAUAUGAAACUGAUGUUUUAAACAUGUUUUGUCUUCGUUUUAGCAAAACGUUUUUGUUUGUUAUUUUUGACUUGUGUUCCCAACAAAUACUUGAAUUUCUUAAAAAAAAAAAUGUUUAGAGUUAAAAUAGUGAAUGAUGAAUAAAUAAAUGGACACUGGAUAAUA